UCCGUCGAUCAGGGACACGUGUAACGUCUCAUAUCUGAAUGUGUCUCAGGAUGAUUCGUCCGGUGCUGGUGUGUUUCUUCUUCUGCGUCGCGUUCGGCCGCAGCAAACCGGCAGAGAGGAAGAGUCGAGUUAUCCUGGAGGAUUCGCUCAGUCAACUCAAGCACGACGACAACAAAAGCUUCGAGUACGAUCACGAAGUUUUUCUGGGAGAAGAUGAAGCGAAAAACUUUGACCAGCUCCCCCCGGAGGAGAGCAUGCGCCGACUCGGCCUGAUCGUGGACAGAAUCGACGUCAACAACGACAACGUGAUCUCAGAGGACGAACUGAAGACUUGGAUCAAAACCGUCCAGAGGAACCACUCGUUCAGCGAAAUGGAGAAUCAGUGGCAACAUUACGACAAAGACCAGGACGGACUGAUCAGCUGGGACGAGUACAAACAGGCCAAGGUCAACGACGACAUCCUCGUGUCAGCAGAGUUUAACUUCAGCUCCGUGAUGCUGCGGGAGGAGCUACGCUUCAGAGCCGCCGACAGAGACGGAGAUUUAAAAGCAGACAAACAUGAGUUCAUCGCUUUUCUUCAUCCUGAAAACCACCAGCACAUGAGAGACGUCCUGGUUCAGGAAACGAUGGAUGAAAUGGACAAGAACGGAGACGGCUUCAUCGACCUGAAAGAGUUCAUGGACGACUUGCACAACCCAGACAACGAUGAGAACUUUCCCGACUGGAUGGAAACUGAACGUCAAGUGUUCGUGAAUUCAAGAGACAAAAACAAAGACGGGAAGUUGGACAAACAUGAAACCAUGGAGUGGAUUCUCGCGCCUGACUUGAGCUACGCUGACGCUGAAGCCAAACACCUGCUGACGGAGUCCGACGCCAACAAGGAUGGAAAUCUGAGCAAGAAGGAAAUUCUGAACAACCACGACAUGUUCGUUGGAAGUCAGGUGACGAACUACGGAGAAGCUCUACGACGACACGACGAGUUCUAGAUGUUUGAACAGAAAACCAGAUUUGUACUUUUUCAUGAAACUUUAUUUUACCUCAUGUUUUUCACCGGUUCAUGAAUCUGGUUUCAUUUUCUGGUGAAAUGUUUGUUGAUCACUUUGUUGUUUUUCAGGUUUAAUGUCAAAAUCUGAUGAAAACAACUUCUUUACAAUAAAGAAAGAACAUU